CCCGGGGAGGACAUAAAAUGGAUCCCAGUGGAAAUAAACCACAAUGAUUAGGUUUAAUAGGUUAUUCUGAGUUAGUAAUCCUGCUGGGUUAAUAGAACAGUCUUCCUCAGAUAGGUAUAACUUUCAGAUGCCUCGCUGAUAUUAUUUGCCGUGUUAUCUGGCGCUAGGAGUAUUACAAACACCCAGCCAAGUCUCGUUGUUAUAGUCAUGUUGAUUAACGCUCAUGGAAAAGAGAAUAAUGUUCAAAUAGAUGAGAAGAAUGAUAGACAUAGUGUAGCACAUAGUGAUGUACUGUGCUGGUGCCUGGGGCUGGCACCAUCAUAUUGAUGGAACCUCACUCACUACCCUAACUCUUGAUAUAUGUCUGCUUGUAAAAGCAUAUGCAAUGCACGUCGCCCACAUUAUUCGAAGGCAAUUAUUUAAAAAUGAGAAGAUUUUUUUGGAGGAUGUUAAACCUGGGCAAUCUUGCAAUAUGUUUAAGUAGAAAAUGAACUACAAGUUAGAAUAAACAGAGUGUAAAUAAAGUGUGGAGAGCCCGAACGCGGUCUGGGGUUUGAUGGAAUGCACAAAAUUACCACCUUUGCUGAAGAAUAUUCCUGCGAUUGAUGAAUUACUAAUUGCUGUAGGGAAACCACACGCCACCGUCCACUUCCUGGCGACUCUGUGCGAGAAGGAAACUAGUCGUCAGAAACAAACUUAAUUAUGGCCUUGCGUAACCUGGUUGAUGCCCAGUGUGGUGAGGGAAAUGCCCUUGUUCGCCUCACUCACCAUGUUACACGUGACAAAUCACUGGCAGAUGAGGGCCUGCGAUGGCCUCAGGGUCGUCCUCCAACACAGGGAGUAUUUAAAGCACAGUAUGGGCCUGCUGUGGUAGGGGACCAACUAGUUGAGGAGUUCAUGAGUGAAACCCAGCAAGCAGCUACAGCAGCACCGCAGGCAUUCAGAAUGGACUCCCUCUUGCAGGAGAUGCGAGAAAUAGAGAGCAUGCGAGCCAGGACAGGACCCAUGAGAGGUCCAGGCAUUGCUGACCUAGCCUCAGAGGCAAGUAACUGGGCAGAGGAAUACCUUGCAUCUGAGACACAUGUUCAGGAGAUUGGUCCAGGAGGAGACUGGACGAAGGAGUUUCUAGAACAACAACAUGGCCUUACCUCUCCAGAUAUUAUACCUGACAGUGACACACGAUGGGCUCAUGAGUACCUCAGUGAAACUCUCUUAGAUGAAGCAGCCAGUGCAGAGGCCAGCAAAUGGGUAGAGGAAUAUAACCCUCAGGAGGAUUCAGAACUGGCUAGAACAGCUAAUGAGCUCUUAGGAACAGUUGAUGAUCCCAAAUUCUCCAACACAGAGUUCAUGUCAUUUAUUAAAAUAUUAGGAGAAGGAGCCAAAACUGAUACUAAUAAAGAUUGGAGUGAGGAAUUCCUAACAUCAAAUUCAAAGGAGGCAGGAAGUCUAGCCGAGUCUUGGAGUGCUGAAUUUAUCAAGGAACGUCGACAACCACACGAGCGCUGGGGAGAAGAAUUUGCUAAGCAACUAGGAUCACUGGACAAUAUGACUAUUGAUAGUGAAACUAUGAGCACAAAAGAAAAGGAAGAUUUUUGGCAAAAUUUACAAGAUGAGUGGGAAAAAAUGGCCAGAGAGGAUGAACUAACGGAGCAUCCAUGGCUUUCUGAAUUCAACUCCACUGCUUUUGAGCCAUUUAAGAAUUACCAGUUUGAGGAGGAUAAUCCAUUGAAAGACCAUCCUGACCCACUGAGUGAAGGCAAGCGGUGCUUAGAAGCAGGUGAUCUUCCCUCAGCAGUGUUAUUGUUUGAGGCAGCAGCACAGCAGAGCCCUGAGAAUGCUGAAGCCUGGCUGCUGCUCGGGGUAACUCAUGCAGAGAAUGAACAAGAUCCCUCAGCAAUUUCAGCUCUCAGAAGAUGCGUUGAAAUUGAUCCCAAUAACAGUGUUGCUUGGAUGGCUCUUGCAACAUCCUACACUAAUGAAUCCUACCAGACUCUUGCAUGCAAUUCAUUAAAGGAAUGGAUCCGAGUUAAUCCAGAAUACAAUCAUUCGUUACCCAUCAAUGAUGAAGCAAUACAUAGAAAACCAAGGUUGAUGGCAACUACUUUAGCUCCCAGAGAAUUAAUACAAGAAGUGCAGGAUUUAUACAUUGCAGCAGCUAACCAACGGCCUGGUGAGAACAUAGAUGCAGAUGUCCAAUGUGGACUUGGGGUGCUCUUCAACCUUACAGGAGAAUAUGAAAAAGCCAUUGAUUGCUUCAAUGCAUCAUUAAGUGUUCGUCCCAAGGAUGCCAAGUUAUGGAACAAAUUGGGCGCUACACUAGCCAACAGUGAACGUUCUGAGGAAGCCAUUGAUGCUUAUCGUAAUGCUUUAGAAAUUUCUCCGGGCUUUAUUAGAUGUCGAUACAAUCUUGGUAUUUCUUGCAUCAACCUUGGAGCCCACAGGGAAGCAAUGGAGCACUUUUUAGAGGCACUAAACAUGCAGGCGGCGGGGAGAGGACCAGGUGGGAAGGAAUCUUCACGAGCAGUGUCUGAUAACAUCUGGACAACAUUAAAAAUCUGCCUUUCUUCCCUUAAUGCUAGGCACCUCAUGGAUGCUGUCGAUAAGAGAGAUUUAAAAAGAUUAAAUGCAGAGUAUGAAGUAACCAGCUCUAGUUGACUGUGUGGAAAGCCUUUGUCACAUUGGACUCCAAGUUCUUCCCACCGCCAUCUGCUGCUGUGUACUCGGCAUCACCAAGAGCUGAUGUUAUCACACUUAGUAAAUAGAUGCCAUUGUGAUGGUAUUCAAUGUGAGUGUUCAUUGUACAUUAUAGACUGAAAAACUACUGCCAUGAAACUUGCUAGACUACAAAUGAUUAUGUAUGAUUUUUCACAACAUCUUAACAAGAUGCUCAUUAAUGAGUGAAUGAAUGUUAUAAUUGUGCUUUUCAUUUAAAUGGUGGACAAAGAUAAUAUAGCUUAAAACCUCUUAUCAUUGUUACAAUGUUUUGCCUACAAGAGGCUUUAUCAAGUACAGGAAAUAUGCAACUUUUGUUGCUAAAUUUGGUUGUGAAUGCAAGUUAUUAUGUAGAAAUUAACUGUGUGAUAUUGGCCUGAUCAUAGUCUUAUUGUGAUUUUUGAAGUCUCAUAUAAUUAUUGUAUUAUAUUCUAAGGGAUGAGAACAUUGUGUUUGAUAUUAGAAGCUGAUAUUUAUUUUCAGCUUGUUAGUGAAGGUUGAUUUACAAUGAAACUUUAUUUACAAAAUAAUUGCCAAGUCAGUAAUACCAAUAUGCCAGUUAUUUUGAUGCUGUGUUUUAAUUUUAAGUCUUGUGGUUGAUGUCGUGAUUGAUUUACUGAUAAAUAUUUUGGUUGGAGAACAGGUAUGGCGCAGUCGAAAGAAUGUGAAUAAGGAUACUUAUGCACAGUUUAAAACAUUUAGUGAGGAAACAUUUUGCAAUAAGUGGCUUCUUCAGUAUUAAUACAGAGACUGCUAAAAUAAGCAGUAUAUAGUACCUGUAGUCAGGUGAAAAGGAUCACAAAUAAGUAAAAAGUGGAGACGCGUUGUGGUUAAGAUCCACCUGUAGUGCAAAUAUGAGGGAUGCAUUGCCUCAGAGGAGUAAUUAACCCCUUAACUAUGGCAUAGCUGGAAAAAAUUCAUGUGUAUUACAGAAUUUAAAACAAAAAUCUGCUGUCUUAUAAAAUGAAAGUGCAUUUUUUUUUAUCUGAAUAACACAAAAAUGAGUGGAUUCUGAUGAAAACUUAUGAGUUUUAUAGUGUGUUAAAGUUGGGAAAACAAUGAUCACUCAUUGGCACCAGCAUUAUAAAUGCUCCAGUGAUAUUUACGUUUUACAAUUUGACGUCAAAUUGUGAUUUUUUUUUUUUAAUUGAUUUUAAUCUUUAACACUAUGUACACUUUAUUGGGUUAUCCUGAGUUAAAUCUACCUAGUGUGCUGUUUGGCUGAAUUCCAUAGUCAGUAUCUUGAAAUUGUAACAAAUUUGGAAUGAAUAAGUCAUCUUCAUGCCACUUCCAUGCUCUGUUUGCUGGUAGAGAAGCUAGUGGUGGAACAACAGGUCCUGAUUUCAUUAUUUACUUAUACUAGUUAGAUGUACAAGUACGCCAGACACACGGUCAUCACCUGUGUAGUUAAUGAUGAUACACUUGGUGGACCCUUCCUGGCUUUAGAUUUUUUCAAAAUUAUGAAGAGAUUGUAGAAGACCCAAAGAGUUGUGCUGAGGUCCAAAAUAUUGGCAGUUUGCAGAUUUGGAGGUAAGAAAAAUUUUCAUGCUUUUACAUUGGAUACAUAAAUAUCACCUGUGUGGUAGUAUGUUGAACACUGUUAAAAGGUUAAAAAGGCUUCAAGGAAAAAUAUUGAAAUUUCCCCUUGAAGCUGUUUGUUCUUUUACUACCCUAUCAUUUAUAUAUACUUGAUAACACAAUCAGGUACCUAGGGUUUAAAAAUUACUUUGUUGCCUUUUGUGCCAUAGUUCACAGAACAGCCUGAUUCAUCAAGAGACUGUGUUGCUGUUAGCAGAGGAUUUAGCUUCCACAACUCUUUGCCAUAAGUUACCCACAGUACCAUACCAUUGUAUACCUCAAACAGGUAAGCUUGUAUGAGCUGGAGAGUCUACUGUUCUAGUGGGAUUGAUAGGUAAAAAUUGGUUCCUCAGAUCCACCUUAUAUAUGACUUCACUUACCAUCCUGGAGCUUGGUUACAUAAUAGUGUCCUCUACAUUCCUGUUCAUGUGUACUUCAAUGAUGAUUUCUUGCAGUAAUUUUCUAGCCUUCAGGUUUACUAGAUGCAGAGAUUUUGUAGAUUGAUUAUGAUUGAUAUCAACCAUAUUGGAAAAUUCAGGGACCUCAACCUGGAGAACUGACGUCAGGUACUAAAGAUUGAAAUAAAAAUCUUUUUAGUACAGUAGAAUAAAACUGGUGUAUCCAGCUUACUGUUAAGAAUUGGAAAUAUUUUCUUCAGAAGAUAUUUUUUAGUGUGUGAGACAAAUUGAGAUGUCUUCAUGUUAAACAAUAAUCAAAAUAGAUUGUAGUUACAAUAUUUUAAUAAAGCUUUCAUUAUUUUCCUUUCCUGCUAUUUGAAACACUUUUGUAAUGUACUUAUAGACGAUAAUUAUUGAGUACGUAUUUAGGUUUAAAAAAUUCAUGGCAAUGAGAGAUUAUUAUCUUAGUACAGGAUACCUGCCAAUGGAACACAUUGUCACUAUUUUAUACAGGAUAUUAUUAAGCAGUAUGCAGUGCUUAUUUUACAUUCUUGAGUACAGUAUUUUGUUAUAUGCUAAAUAGUUUUUUUUUUUAUACAUAGACUUGUAUGUUCUGAAGAUCUUUUAUUGUUUGUUUGUUAUUUAUGCUAAAUUAUCAUAAAAUAUGUGAAUGUUUAGGGUGUAAUUAGACUGUGAUUGGAUUGAAGGUGUGACUGGUUAUAUAAUGCAGCAGGUAGUCUUGAAGUUUACAAGAAGUGUGUGUAUUUACAUACCACCUUAGAAUGGCACUGAAGGAGAGUGAGUAAUCCCACCAAUCUUAUUUUGCCACUACAUAUUACAACACUGCACUAUCCUUUAGUCUCAUUCACAGGACCUUUUUUUUCACACUUCAGGAUUAUUGUACAAUGUAUUCUGAAGAAUUAUUAGGCCUUCAGUUGAUUUAAGUAAUACUGAAGUCAUUGUCACGUUUAAUCAUCCAUCCUUAUUUUCAUUGUAGUCACACUUUAUUAAUUUCUAUAAUUUGUUUAUAUUCUUUUAUAUAUAAUGUUAUUGCAAUUAUGAUGUUUUUAAAUUGACUUAAUUUUUGUUAAAUUUUAUACCUUUACAUAAUGCUGGUGCAAUAUUUUGGUUGUGGCAUUUUCCACUGGUUAUUUUAGGUAAGAAAAGUGACUUUUUUUUCUCUGUUUAAUACACUCAUUCCUCAUCAGCUUAGAGAUCUUUCCUUGAAAUUACAGUAGGACCCCUGUAUCUGCAGGGCUUCAUUCCAAGACCUACCACAGAUACCCAAAACCAUGGAUAGUAGCGAACCCUAUAUAAGUCACUUUUCAUUUACAUACACACCUACGAUAAAAUUUAAUUGAUAAAUAACACACAAUAAGUGGAGAAUUAGCAGUUUUUCACUGAUGGUAAGUACUUCAUGGCUCUCUUAGACUUUGAAGAACUGCCACCAUCACUACUUUUGUGCUUUGUGGCCAUUAUUAGGCAAAAUUAAGGGUUAUUUUCAGGUUUCAGUAAACUGUGGAUAACUGCAACCAUGGAUACCGGACCCGCUGAUACAGGGGUCCUACUGUAUUGUCCACUAUGGCUUAAUGAUUUUCUUUUGGUUUACAGAUUAUGUAUUAAUCACUAACUUGCAUUUCAGUAAUUAUUCACAAAUAUGCUUAAUGGAUUUAGGACCCCUUAUGCUUUUCUUUAGUUCUCCUCUGUUAUAAAUUUUAUUAUUAAUUCUAUUAAAGCUAUGCUUCACUUACCAUCUCCUGAAAGCCUCUUGAUUCAAGGAUUGGCGCUAACGUUCGUUUCCUCAGAUCAAACUUAAUUGCCUCCCAUUUCUCAGGUGCUGUAUGACCUCUAUGAGUUUAGCCCUUUUCUGUGAAAAUGAUGAUAAUAAUACUGUAAUAGUAAUUUUUUUAACAUACCCGCUGUCUCCCACUGAGGCAAGGUGUCCCAAAAAAGAAGAAAUGCUUUCAUAAAGUUUUUCUUCUUUUUACAGUUAGUCAUUUAUACAGGAGAAAGGGUUACUAGCCCUUGCUCUCGGCAUUUUAGUCUCCUUUUACAACAUGCAUGGCUUAAGGAGGAAGGAUUCUUCUUCACCUCCCCAUGGAGAGUAAUAAUAAUAUAUUCAGCUUUUAAUUUGAGUAUGACUUAAUCAGUUUCAGUAUUAAUGCUAUUAGAGCAAAGUAAAGGCAGACUUAAGGCAAUGCAGCCACAUUUACGUUCACGGUACUUCACCUCAGGGAACUAAUCCUCGUACACUAUGAACAAUUGACUUUACGUGUUGUGGAUUCAUGUUACACUUUUUCUUAGAAUCCAUUUCCUGCAAUAUUUUAUAUUAUAUAGUGUAUGAAGCACUAAACUUGUGUGGGUCAUUUAACACAUGGAGUAGUGGAGGCUUAACCAUCCGUCCCCUGGGCAUGAGAUGAACAUAUGUACAGUACUCUUCUCUCAGUCCAGUCCAUUCAUGGUUUAUGAGGGCUGAGUGUAGUAUAUAUCAUGUCAGAUAUAAAACAUGCAUCCAUAACUAUCUUUCCAGCAACAUUUUUUAUUUAAUGCUUUAUAUGUAAAGCUGCACAUCUGCUUUCUAAUUUUGUAUCUUAAAAAUUAACACACAUUUACAUCAGGUGAUGUCUAAUGUAUUGAAAACACUAAUCUAAAAUACUUAUAUAUUACCUACUGCUGAGUAGUAGUGUUGAAAAAAAUAUUGUAAUUUAUUCAUAAAAAGCUGUGUCUAGAACUACAAUGUGGAUGGCAUUGUCUCAAUCCAUUGGAAACAGAUCCAUGAAGGGUUAUCUUUUGUUCUUGCAUUGUAAAUCAUUAGCUUUAAUAUAGAGCUGUUAUUUUUUUGAGUAAUUUUUAUUAUUGGCUUCCUUUUUCCAAGUAAAUAGCUUUGAAUAUUUUACUCAUUAGUUAUAUAGUGAUAAAUGAUUUAUCAUCCUUGGCUUGUGCAAUUUUUUUUUAUUUUAUCUUGUAGUCAGUUUUUUGUUAUAUAAAGUAUAUGAGCAUUAAUCAAAUUAAAAUAGGUUGUACAUCUAGAAUAUAUACAUCCUAGAAAUUUCCAAACAACUACUCUGCAACAUAACAAAGUCACAUCACAUGCUAUUUUGAAAAAAAAAAUUGUUUUUGUGUUUGCAACACCACAGUUAAUUCUAAGUACAGUACAGUAUUGCAUUAAUUAGUCUAUGCUGUUUUCAUUUUAUAAUUGCUAAAGUUUCUAUACUAUCAUAUCAGUAUUUUAAAUAAUAUCUAACAAACUGUUGAAGAAACAUAUGGAGUGCUUCAGUUGAAUAUGGUGUACCUGCUACAUGAAAGAUAAACAGCAAGCUUACACAGUAAAUCAGAGACAUGGACACAGAUAAAGACUAUUAAAAAUGUUUCACUCAGUGAGUUUUAUCAGGCAUUCACUGAGCUAAAUAUUGCUCUUUAUAAAGGCUUACUUUGUGUACAUGUCUGACUGUAUCUGCUACUGUUGUAAGCAGCAGCUUUUAAUGUUAUACCUUUGUAAGUGAAUUAUAAUGUAUUGUGACUUGUAAAGUUGAGUUUUUUUUGUAUUUUAAUGCCAUUAUGUGAGAGUCAGAUAGCCAAACUUUCUUAAUUGCUGUGAUUUUUUAGUGCCAAUUUUGAUGGGUGUGAGGAAAGAAAUGGUUUUACCAUUUUCUGUAUCUCCAUCUGGUGAUAUGUAUCACUACAAACAUGAGUCAUUUGCUGUAUCCGACUUUUUUUUUUUUUUUGCUUCCCACAAGUAUAUUAUGUUUAAUAUCUGGUGAUGUAUUGAACUUGUUUAUAAUGUUACAAGUCAUCAUACAUGUAGUUUGAGAGAGGCGUUGUAACACAAGUUAAGGUUAUGUUGUGAUAUAUGGACAAGUAAUAGUCCAUUCUGUGAUAUUGACAUUGGAGAAGUAGCUUUUGUAAUGUUUUAUUUUUCUUUUGAAUGUGUCAUUCUGUAUGGUUAUUUAUGUUGCUGGUUCUUCUUAAUUUACAAAGUAAUCUUUAAUAAAAAUCCCAGACCUACUUACUGUGCAUCUUCAGCAUGCAGGUUAUGAUACAUUUGCUGAAAAUUUUUCAUAAAUGUAAAUUUAAAUGAAGUGAGGGAAUUUGUAGAAAGCAGGAUUGAAAGUGAGGACAACCUGGUCAUAUGUUCAAAUACCAGCAUUUCAUUUGCUUUUGUGGGAUAUUUUUAAACUAUAAUUAAGUAGCUCCUGGGUAAUUAAGGUUUUUGGUGUAAUUAUACCUUGCAGUUUACAAAUAUUGCAUAAAAUUAUGCCAAAAAUUGUAGCAUAAAUUACAUUGUAAAAAUGUAUUUAUACAUGUAUUUGAUAUACUGUAUUUUAUUAAUUAAUACUUAACUAUGGUUUUAGUGAUCUUCAGGGUACAUCUGUGGUAUCUGCAGAUGUGCACUAAGUUCUAAUAUUUCAAGGGAAAUAUUUGUCUUCCAUAGUGUGAGUGAAUAUUUCAACUAAGUAACAAGAUGACAAAGUUUAAAUUAAGUCUGGUGGUUUUGGUCUGUACCAUUAAAUAGUUUCCAAGCACUGUU